CAUGUAACCCUGUCAGUUGCAACUUGCAAUAUAUGAUCAGAAGUACAUGUAACCCUGUCAGUUGCAACUUGCAAUAUAUGAUCAGAAGUACAUGUAACCCUGUCAGUAGCAAGUUGCAACAUAUGAUCAGAAGUACAUGUAACUCUGUCAGUUACAACUUACAUUAUAUGAUCAGAAGUACAUGUUACCCUGUCAGUUGCAACUUGCAAUAUAUGAUCAGAAGUACAUGUUACCCUGUCAGUUGCAACUUGCAAUUCAUAGUCAAAAGUACAUGUAACCCUGUCAGUUGCAACUUACAUUAUAUAGUCUGA